AUGGCUGAUGAAUUUGAAGACGAGGAAGAUCUUAACGCUCUUCUGCAAGCAGAAAAGAGCUCACCUCCCAAGCCCGGAAAUGCCCCUUCUUCCUCAACAGCUUCGCGACAACCAGCAGCCAAGGUCCAGCAACCAAAGCCGCAAGCCCUCCCUCCCAAACACGCUCCCUCUGCGAUUCUCGUCUCAAAACGGCAGAAAGGCAAUCCGAUAUUGAGUCACAUCAAGAUUCUACCCUGGGAAUAUGCAGAUAUACCAGCCGACUAUGUCCUCGGAAACACUACAUGCGCCCUAUUUCUAUCACUCAAGUAUCACCGGCUCCAUCCAGAAUAUAUAUACUCCCGAAUCCGUGGAAUAGCAGGGAAAUACCGCCUCCGCAUACUCCUAAUCAUCGUCGACAUACCAAAUCACGAAGAUAACCUGAAAGAACUCUCCAAAACAUCCAUCAUCAACAACCUAACGCUAAUGCUCUGCUGGUCCGCCACUGAAGCCGCGCACUACCUCGAGCUAUACAAGUCCUCUGAGAACGCCCAACCUACUGCUAUCCGCACCCAGCAGGCCCAAUCAUACAAGGAUUCCUUGACGGACUUUGUGACUAUGCCUAGGAGUAUCAACAAGUCCGAUGCGGCGAGUUUGAUCUCUACAUUCGGAAGUUUACAGAAUGCGAUUAAUGCACAACCUGAACAGAUUAGUGCUGUACCGGGUUGGGGUGAGAGAAAGGUUCGGCAAUGGUGUAAUGCGGUACGGGAGGAUUUCAGAAUCGAGACGGCGAAGGGGGCGAAGGCGCCGGAGAGGGAUGCUACGCGGAUUUUGGAAGAUAGGACGGUGACUCGUGAUGAAGAAGAGGUUAUGCGUUUGGCGGAAGCGGGGGAGAUGAGAGCGGAUGUGCCAGGGGAGACUGAGACUGUUCAUGAUGCUGGUUCGCGUGAUGUUGGUGAGGACGAGGGUAUGAGCGAGGGAAUAACGGCAGCGCUAGCCAGGUUACGAGAGAAUGGCGGCUGA